GUUCAAAAUGUCCCGGCUGGUGAUAUUUCUGUUUUCAUUUUGUAUUUUUUGUGGAGUUCGAAGUGCUUCAGGAGAUUAUGACCUGAAUAUUCUUCAUUACAAUGACUUCCAUGCAAGAUUUGUGGAGACCAAUCGAUUUGGGGGUUCUUGCAACCAGAAUGAUGUUUGCAUCGGUGGUUUUGCUCGGCUCGCAACCUUGGUUCGUCAGCGUUUAGUCGAAGAACCGGACUCUCUACUCCUCAAUGCUGGUGACAGUUUCCAAGGAACUCUUUGGUACAACAUCUUACGGUGGAAUGUUACUCAGGACUUCAUGAAUAUGCUGCCUCAUGAUGCACAUGCACUGGGAAACCACGAGUUCGACAAUGGUAUCGAAGGACUGGUACCUUAUUUAAAACAUUUAAAUUCAAAAGUUGUGACAGCCAAUAUAAUUGAUGAUCUAGAACCAACAAUGCAAGGUUUGUAUGAAAAGAGUAUAAUUGUAACAAGAAAGAAUAGGAGAAUUGGAAUUAUUGGAGUUUUAAUAGCUACUACAGAUACUUUAGCUUCAACUGGUAAACUCAAGUUUACAGACGAGAUAGAAGCUGUAAGAGAAGAAGCAGAAAAACUAAACGCGCAAGGCGUAGAUAUCAUCGUAGUUUUAUCACAUUGUGGUCUAGAUAUUGAUAGGGAAAUCGCUCUUCACGGUGGACCACACAUAGAUAUUAUAGUUGGCGGCCACAGUCACACGUUGCUGUUCAAUGGAGAAGCGCCCGAGAACAGUGCUUUCAUUCCAUUGGGACCUUACCCAGAAGUAGUGGACCAAGAAAAUAGAAAAGUUUUAAUAGUUCAAGCAGCGGCACAUACUCAAUAUUUAGGAGAAAUUAAGCUAACCUUUGAUGAUAAUGGACAUCUCAAACAUUGGACUGGAGACCCUCACUAUAUUGGAAAUGAAAUCGAACAAGCACAAGAUGUGUUAGACAAGAUUGAGAAAUAUCUUCCACUCAUUCAAGAGAAAGCUUCUGAAGAAAUCGGCUCAGCUCUUGUAGAACUGUCAGCCGAUUGCACAUGCUCAGAAUGUAAUCUUGGAAACUUAAUGUGUGAUGCUUUUUUGCAUGCUACAUUACCCAAAGCUGGACCGAACCAGUGGAAUUACGCACAUUUCUGUGUCAAUAAUAGAGGUGUUAUUAGAGCAGCUAUUAAUAGAGGAGGAUUGCGCGUAACAUUUAAUGGCUCACUGCCAAUAAACUCAAGAGUGGUUGAUGUGCAAGUUAGAUGUAUUGAGUGUGACGUCCCUAGGUAUGAACCGCUGAAGCUCGAUCAAUACUAUAAGGUGGUGUCACAGUCUUUCAUGGCAAAUGGCGGAGAUGGUUAUAGUAUGAUCAGUGAGAAUCGUAAAAACAUUGAAGUCCUGGGCGUUGACUACGAUGUUCUAUCUUCUUACAUAAGCCAACAAUCUCCAGUCUUUGCCGAGAACGAAGGUCGAUUGACGUUUAACAAUUUCUGCCAACAACAGUAG